AUGAUGCUGCUGCUGCUGCUGCUGAUGGCGGUGGUGGUGGUGGUGGUGGUGGUGGUGCAGGCAAAAAAGCAGCAGCAGCAGCACCACAAACAGCUGCAGCAGCAACAGCAGCAGCAGCAGAUGGUGCAUCACCUGCAGCAGCAGCAGCAGCAUCACCAGCAGCAGCAUCACCAGCAACAGCAGGAGCAGCAGCAGCAGCAGCAGCAGAAGAAGAAGAAGAAGAAGAAGUGUAUGAGCGUGUGUUGCUGA